GUCUCAAAAAAAAAAAAAAAAAAGAAAAACCCUAGUCUAACUCAACCAACACACUCCAGGUGCUCUGCUCUUUAUGGGGGCCCAGAGUGGGGCCUGAAUGCUCGGGGGGGUCUCCCUGGAUUGCUGGGGGACACAGAGCCCACCUGAGCAGCCAGAGCUGCGCAUGAGGAGUGACUGUGGGUCCUGUUGCCAGGCAGGUACAUGAGCGUCGCAGAAAGCAGGGACAGGCCUCUGGCCAUGGCCAGCCUUGGAGAAGCCACUCUAACCUCAGCCCCUCCCUGUGCACCUGUGUGUGGUCUGCCCGCUGCCUGGUGCCUCAUUCCAGGGCUGCCCAGCUGGUCCCCAGAGUUCCCCCAGGACUCCCACCCUGAUAUCUUCCUAGCUGGAGCCAGGCCUGGGGACACCCCUCUGCCCCAGCAUUCCCAUCCUCUUGCUUAAAUCUCCCCCAGGAGCCCAGUACCUGCUCAACAGAUACCCAGGAUGUCCCCCACUUCCUGCCUUAACUGGGCUCUCUUCCCUGCGGACCUUGCCUCCCCAGGCCUUGGAGACCCACCCUCCUGGUGUCCUCCUCUCUUCCUAGUGGACCUCAGGCUGCAGGUCUCUGAAGGUCGGCCUGCAGAUCUCCCUGGACUACUGGUGGUGCACCAAUGUUGUCCUUCGAGGGGUGGAAGAGCCCGGGCUACUUGGAGGUGAUGUCUGCGUGUCACCAGCGGGCAGCUGAUGCCCUGGUGGCAGGGGCCAUCAGCAACGGGGGCCUCUACGUGAAGCUGGGCCAGGGGCUGUGCUCCUUCAACCACCUGCUUCCCCCCGAGUACACCCGGACCCUGCGCGUGCUAGAGGACAGGGCCCUCAAGCGGGGCUUCCAGGAGGUGGACGAGUUGUUCCUUGAGGACUUCCAGGCCCUGCCCCAUGAGCUCUUCCAGGAGUUUGACUACCAGCCAAUUGCUGCCGCCAGCCUGGCACAGGUGCACAGAGCCAAGCUGCACGAUGGCACCAGCGUGGCCGUGAAGGUGCAGUACAUCGACCUGCGGGACCGCUUCGAUGGGGACAUCCACACCCUGGAGCUCCUGCUGCGGCUCAUUGAGGUCAUGCACCCCAGCUUUGGCUUCAGCUGGGUCCUCCAGGACCUGAAGGGGACCCUGGCCCAGGAGCUGGACUUCGAGAAUGAAGGCCGCAACGCAGAGCGCUGUGCGCGGGAGCUAGCACACUUCCCCUACGUCGUGGUGCCCCGCGUGCACUGGGACAAGUCCAGCAAGCGCGUGCUCACUGCCGACUUCUGCGCCGGCUGCAAGGUCAACGAUGUGGAGGCCAUCAGGAGCCAGGGGCUGGCGGUGCAGGACAUAGCAGAAAAGCUCAUCAAGGCCUUUGCUGAGCAGAUAUUUUACACGGGCUUCAUCCACUCGGAUCCACACCCUGGCAACGUUCUAGUGCGGAAAGGCCCGGACGGGAAAGCGGAGCUGGUGCUGCUGGACCACGGGCUCUACCAGUUCCUGGAGGAGAAGGACCGCGCAGCCCUGUGCCAGCUGUGGCGGGCCAUCAUCCUGCGGGACGACGCCGCCAUGAGGGCGCACGCAGCCGCACUGGGGGUGCAAGACUACCUCCUGUUCUCCGAGAUGCUCAUGCAGCGCCCCGUGCGCCUGGGGCAGCUGUGGGGCUCGCACCUACUGAGCCGCGAGGAGGCAGCCUACAUGGUGGACAUGGCUCGCGAGCGCUUCGAGGCCGUCAUGGCGGUGCUCAGGGCGCUGCCGCGGCCCAUGCUGUUGGUGCUGCGCAACAUCAACACCGUGCGCGCUAUCAAUGCGGCCCUCGGCGCCCCCGUGGAUCGCUACUUCCUUAUGGCUAAGAGGGCCGUCCGGGGCUGGAGCCGCCUGGCGGGCGCCACGUACCGGGGUGUCUACGGCACCAGCCUCCUGCGUCAUGCCAAGGUCGUCUGGGAGAUGCUCAAGUUUGAAGUGGCGCUCAGGCUGGAGACCUUGGCCAUGCGGCUGACCGCCCUCCUGGCUCGUGCUCUGGUCCACCUGAGCCUCGUGCCCCCAGCAGAGGAGCUCUACCAGUACCUGGAGACCUAGAGUGCAGCCGCCCAGGGCCGGCGGGGCCAUUUUCGCCUUGGGCCGACGGAGGUGGCGGGGCUAGAGGUGUGGACACCCCGAGCCCCGUGGGCACUCGCAUUGGGGGACUGUGACAGCAGCUGGGCCAGGAGGCCGUGUAAUGACCACACACUCCUCUCACGCAAAAA